AUGAUGUUUUGGUUGUGGACAUAAAUUGUUUGACGGGGCGAUUAAAGUUUCUUUUACAAAGAUAUUUAUAUUAAAUAAUAUUUCUUUAAGUGUAGUAUAUUUUGUUAUAGUUUAAACUUUUAGUGUGAUUAGCUAUAUUUAAACAAAAUAAAAAUUUGUUGUUUUCUUAUUUGGAUGUACCUUGAACGGUAAUGUGAAACAUUUAUUAGUGAUCAUCUAAUUUAGAUGUUUCAACGUUGUCAAAAAAUAAAGUGGCCUGUAAUGGAAAAGUGCAUAACCUCACAUAAACGCAAAGGAACAUAAACACGACGGAUCAAUACAUUUGUUAUGGAGACUGAAUGCUACAAUUGCUAGGUUGUGAGAAUAAAAUCGAAAUGUGGAUGAAAACUGGUACCGUAUUGCUGCUUUUACACAUUGCGACUGGAUUGGAGGGACCCAAUGUAUGCACUGUACAACAGCCAUACGUAACCACAAUAAGAGUAUCCGAGAAGGAACCGUACCAAAUCAAAGAGUAUGCAUGGUGUUUCAACGUCCCACCGAAAUGUUCCAAAUACAAAAUCAAGUUUCGAGAUGUUUUCAAGAAUGUGACUCUGCUGAAGUACAGGCUCGUUGAAGGAUGCUGCGCCGGGUACGAGCCAGACGAUGCGAAUCAGCAAUGUGUGCCAGUGUGCCAGGACAAGUGUGUACACGGCGUUUGUGUUGCGCCUAACACAUGUACAUGUACUCACGGAUAUGGGGGACCCGCAUGUGAUAUAUCAUGUCCUAAAGGCAAGUGGGGUCGUCACUGUCAGAAUUAUUGCCGAUGUCAAAACGGAGGUACUUGCGAGGUGCUAACUGGGGAAUGCGCCUGCGCACCGGGGUGGCGCGGAGUCUCCUGCGAGCGACGAUGUCCGUUUCCGACUUUUGGUGACAAUUGUAGAGAAAAUUGUCGUUGUAAAAAUGGAACAUGCGAUCCUGCUACGGGGGCUUGCACAUGCGAGUCAGGAUUUACUGGCCCACUAUGCAAUGAAACCUGUCCUAAUGGAGAAGUUUGUGAACAAGGUUGCCGUUGUCAAAAUAAUGGAAAAUGCAGCGUGUUUGGUGAAUGCCAGUGCACGCCCGGGUGGACCGGGGAAGUUUGUGCGAACAGAUGUCCUUCGGGUAAAUGGGGUGAACAGUGCCAGAGAACAUGCGAAUGUGCCAAUGGAGCGAGCUGUCAUCACGUUACUGGCCAGUGUCAAUGUGAGGCAGGAUUCACUGGAGAAAAGUGUUUAGAAGAAUGUCCAGUGGGCAUGUACGGGGUUGAUUGCAUGAGCAAGUGUUCGUGCGAGAACGGCGGCUCGUGCUCGCCGCGCAACGGCUCGUGCACGUGCAAGCCGGGCUGGCGCGGCGACCGCUGCGAGCAGCGCGCCUGCGACGACGGCCGCUGGGGGCCCAACUGCGAGCACGACUGCGACUGCGAGCCCGCCAACACUGAAAUGUGCGACCCGUGGAGCGGCGAGUGCUCGUGCGCGGCGGGCUGGCGCGGCGCGGAUUGCACGCGGCAGUGCCCGCCGCUGUCGUUCGGCCGCGGCUGCCGCAACACGUGCCGCUGCGAGAACGACGCCCAGUGUUCACCCCUCAACGGUUCAUGCACGUGCCCCCCGGGAUAUCGGGGAAUACAAUGUGAAGAAAAGUGUCCGUACCCGCUAUACGGCGACAACUGCUUGGAGAAAUGUGAUUGCUACAACAAUGCCACUUGCUCACACGAAACUGGCCAAUGUUACUGUAAACCUGGGUAUGAUGGUUACAAAUGUGAUCGACCGUGCGAUCGAAAAAAGUUUGGGUUGAAUUGUCUCCAAUAUUGCGACUGUGACAAUGAUUCACCAUGUAAUCCUGUAACUGGCAAAUGCGAGUGUACUGCGGGCUUCGUGGGCGACAAGUGCGAGCGGCGCUGCCCACCUGGCUACUUCGGGCACGGCUGCGAGUCCGCGUGCAACUGCUCCUCAAACGCGAUUGCGUGCCACCACGUCACCGGCCAGUGCAUUUGUAAAGACGGCUGGCAAGGCGUGUUGUGCGAGACUCAAUGCCCUUCGGGCUACUACGGCGAGAACUGCUCGCAGCAAUGCCGGUGUGUGAACAACUCGUCGUGCGAGGCGAGCAGCGGCCGCUGCGUGUGCGCGGCCGGCUGGACGGGCGACGCGUGCGACCAGCCCUGCCCGCCCGGCACCUACGGGCCCGGCUGCUCGCAGCGCUGCCUGCAUUACUCCGGAGGUAACGACACAUGCAACCCUGUGACCGGCGACUACCAAUGUCCGAGUGGGUACAGAGGUCCCACGUGCCGGUACCCGUGUCCCCUGCGCACUUACGGUGUCAAUUGCCAAGAGAAGUGUAAUUGUAAUAACGGGGCCGACUGUCAUUAUAUCACUGGCGAGUGCCAGUGCGGUCCGGGGUGGCGCGGCGCGCGCUGCGAGGCGGCGUGCGGCGCGGGCUGGUGGGGCGCGGGCUGCUCGCAGCCGUGCCGCUGCGCGCACGCCGCGCUCUGCCACCCCAGCGACGGACACUGCAUCUGCCCGCCAGGCUACGCCGGCAUCUACUGCGCCGACCCAUGCCCUGAGGGUUACUACGGUGAUCACUGUAUAAAAGCUUGCAACUGUCCAUCUGAAGGCAACUGGAAGUGCGACCACAUCAAGGGAUGUGUCUGCCAUCAUAACUUUAUUGGGGAUAACUGUGACGUACAUGCAAGCGACCCAUUAGUGAUCGAGCGUGCUGAGGGUACGUCGUACGCGGGACUUACGGCAUUUUUGGUAAUUAUCGCGCUGAUAUGUGUGACCGUAGUGAUAUUGAUGCUGUUAUACUACCGUAAGCGCGUGAACUACCUCAAGCGGGAGAUAGCACAUGUGCAUUACACCGCCGAUCCUAAUUCACAACCGGAGCAACAACAUUUCGACAAUCCAGUUUACUCUUACCAAGGCUCACAGCGAGGUGACGACGCGACCACACUGCUCAACAACACUAUAUUCAACAACCUUGGCAACGGAAGCAAAAUGAACAACGCCACUCUUGAGAAAAUGAGGAUGAAGGCUACUAGCUCCAAUGACAAUUACAACCCAAUGUCGCUGAAGAAUAAAGAUGCUGAUGCUAAUAAUCCUAAUUUAUACAAUUUUAUUGAUGACGAUAAACUGGAACACGUGUAUGAUGAAAUCAAACACAAAGAAGGAUAUGAGAGAGAAUAUGACCAUUUGAACUAUACACCGCCAGCGAAUAAGUUGAAACCUCAUUAUCAGCGGAUGACCAAUGGUACCCCGGCGGGCGCGGCGCCGCACGACACGGCCACGCCUCCAAUACCGCCGCUACCCAAAUUAAACAUCAUCGCCCCCAUACCGCCGCCGAGGGACGAGGAAAUCAUAGAUAUUCCCACACCCCCUCAAAGAGAAGAAACUCCUUUACAACAAAAGGACGAGGAGGUUACGUCAGUGCCCUGAUAUUAUAUAUACGAUAAUUAUUAAUCCAUAUUUAUGGGUGAAAAACGUAAAAUCACCUCAUAAGUGUUCUUUUUUUGUAAGUUAAAAUGUUAUUUAUUACGAUCUAUUGGAACGAAAAAUAUUUUUAUAUAAAUUUUGCAUUCUUUGAAUGCGGUUAUAUCAUGUUCUCAAAACGUAAUUUUUAAUAUAUUUAAUAUAGUGAUCUCUUCUUUUAUAUUAGGUGUAUUUAGAGAGUUUAACGAAUCGGUCACAAUGAAUUGAUUGAUAUAUGCGACAAUGGAUUAUAAAUUGAGAUGAUUGUAGAAGUUAAUUUCAUUUUAUAUUAAUUUUCUUGUAUAUAUUAACCUUUUAACUACCUCCUUUGGAUUUAUUCAACAAAAACUUUAUGCUAAUACUGCCCUUGUUAGAUUUAUCUGAUAGAAUAUGUGUUUGUAUUAGUACGUUUGUCUUUUUCAUUUACUCUCUAUUAUGUUAACAUAAUAAUAUCAAAAUAAAGUCAGAAUCUAGAACAAAAUGUUCAGACUAUGAUAAGUAAUUUAAAGUCGCUUAUCCUAAUAAGAAAUAUUAAAAACAAAACUGAGUACAAUGUAAAAUUGCCACUUGACUCAACUGAAGUGGCACUGCAACUACUACAUAAUCUCACGACCAAAGGUGAAUACAAUUAUAUAAAUGUAUACAUAUCCAAAUUGAUAUAUCAUUUACUAGUUCUAUAUUAUUUUAUUUCCUCAGAUAUAUAAGUACAUAUUUAUCGAUAUAGUUAUGUUAAAAAAUCAAAUAUUAAAAUUUAUAUUAUGUUGUAAACAUCAAGAUAAUAGUGUUAAAAGUGAUUUACAUUUAAUUAAACUUAAUACAUGGAUAAGAAUUCACAUUACUAAAACCAUUAAAUCCGAGCAUCCUAAUGAAAUUGCAUUUUAUAUCUUUAGACAAACAAUCUUUACAUAAUAGCAUUUACAUAAUAGUCCUACCGGCAUUUGUUAAAAGUUCUUGAUGUCAGUUAUUUAUUUAUGGUUUCUAAAUAGGAUGCAUUCAACAAAAGGGUGAUUCGUGCAACCUGUAUAUCUGUAAUAUUUCUGUCAGGACUAUUAUUUAGAUUUAUCUGUGCCAAGAUUGACUGAUUGAUUCACUGUAAUUUUGAAUAAGUGACUGAUAACAUCCAUGGACAAAUAGCUUACCUAUUGUGUUUUCCAUAUGUAGGUUUUCUUUAGUUGAAUUCAGAAUAAUUGAAAUAAUAAAAUACUGCAAUAACUAUUACCUAAAAAUAUACAGCAAUAAUGUUUAUAAUAGCAAUAUGUAAUUAAGUGAUAAAAAGACAAGAGUAACAAUAUCAGAUAUAUUAUUUACUUUUUUUUUUGUUACUAAAGUCAUCUUUUUUGUUAAUUAAAUUAGCAACCAUGAAAUUUAUGCAAUAAAGAAAAAAGGAAAAAGCAUAGAACAAAAUGUCAAAUAUAUGAUUAGAAUUAUUGGGCCAUAAUGAGUAAUAUAUUUAUUAUAAUUGAUAUGGAUAAUGGUAAAACUAAAUUCAUUGUUUUAUCAUUUAUUAUAUUAUAAUGUAGAAUUAAAAUAGAAGAUCACAAAGUGUUAUACUUGUAUAAUAAUACAUAUUUGUUUUACAGAAAUUCAGAUCUAGAUAUUUAUAUUUAAAAAAAUAUAUAUACAAAUCGGUUGUUACAUUCCUUUAUGCGUUACAUAUUUAUUUUACAAUUUUUAAUGAAAUAAUAUUUUUGUUUUUAGUUUUUCAUAGUAGAUUAUUAUAUUAAAAGUGUUUAUAUUUUAGAUAUAAUUAAUAUCAAAACUAAUUUGUAAAUGUUUCGUUAGUUCAAUAAGACGUAUGCAUUAUUUACAUUAUACUUUGAUACCUAUUUACAUAUAAUGAUAUGCUCAAUAGUAAGUGAAACUCUAAAAUGUUCGUAAUGUGUUCCUUUUUUUUACUGAGAAUUAUAAAAAAAAUCGUGGUUAUUAAUUAAAGAUUGGUAACAAAAUGUAAUUUAAAAUUUGGUAUAACUGAUGAAGUUUACGAUUUUAUAUCAAUCUAAAUGUAUUCAAAAAGUGCCAAAAGUUAUAUAGCAAUGUGAGAGUUUUACUAUCUACUAGAUAAUAUAUGUACAUAUUAAUAUAUGGAUCCUCGAUAGGGAUAAAGCCUGUGUUACAUAUAAUUAUAGUUGGUUUGUAAUUUAUAAACAUUUAUUUUGAAAAUUUUAUGUUGGUAAACGGUAUAUCUUUCAAUUAUGAUCACGGGAUUCAUUCGAUUUAAUAUUUCAUCUUAGAAUUAAACUUAUAUUAAGAUAUUAUAUUUUUUGAAAAUGUGUAAAAAUAAUCGUACUUUUAAUAAUUUUAUCUACGAGUAUCUAUCGAGGUAGUUGUAUAUUUUAGUGAUAAUAUAAACGCAAAGGAGAUGAAUCGCUCAGAAAUGGCAAAGCGUGUGCGGCACCAUGGUCGUAUUCCGUUACGUCAUGGUACUGUUCAUGAUUUAAUAUGGCUACUACCAUCAUUAUUUUCCAUCUAGUGGACCAUUAUCUUGUUUGUCAUUCCAAGUCGUAUAUAAAAAAAUAUACCGUCUGUUUGUUUGUUAUGUUUUCAUGGCUGAAGUACUCUGUUGUGUUGAAUGCAAAAUAAAGAGGAAACGAAAAGAUAGGCUGAGAUUGCCAGUUGGUUUUACCAUCGAUAUCAACACUAUAAUUAUGGUUUCUAAAGCCAAUUGCAAUUCAUGUAUCUGUACAAUACAUCUACAUAUUCCCAUCAGCUUGUUUAUGAGGUAAAAUGAGCUGGCUAUAGUGAAAAUUGUAAGAAUUUAGCAAUGUAUUCUCUCUCACAUGUUAUUCAUAGACACAUGCUGUAAAUAAUAAAGAUUUGAUAUAGAUUUUGAAUACACCAUCGGGAUGUAACGCGAUUUUUUGCAGGUAAAUAAUACAUAUAUACCUGCUUCUUUAUUGACGACAUUUCGACGUGGAUUGCAUCACUUCGUGGUUGUGAUAAUAUCGCGUUAAAUCCCGAUUUAAAUUAUGUGUAAACGCGAAAAUGUAUAAUUACCUUUUGAUAUUGUGUGUACAUACUUGCUUAUAAUAACAUAUUUGACUUUAGAUUGAUUUAAGUUUAUUUUGUUGUUAAUCGACUAACUUGCAUUUGAGUAAACAGAAAUUUCACUAUCUUUGUUUUCAUAUUUUUUUAUACGCUGAGAGUGAUAUUCAUAUUUAUGACAUAAAAAUAAAUAUCCAGAUAGAACUGACACUCGUGAAUUUAAUUAAAAAGUUGCUGCACCGACGCCGUUAAAUUACUUUAUUGCAAGCAAGCAACAGUUGCCAAGGUGAGAACGCGUGUCUCACUAAAAAAAUUUGUUAAAUACGAAUAAAUUUGUGACAAUCUUCUGUUGGUCUGAAAGGAAGAAGGGUAUAUUUUGUACUACUACAUUCACAAAGGAAAGUAUAUAGUACAGGAGUGCCGCUUUCAUCCAGCCUAUUUAUUCUUAUGUGUAUGGCUACGAUACAAUAUAUUACUAUUGUAGAUGUAUGAAAUAAUCUCUUUACUUGUUUAUUUAUUACAUUGAUUGAUUUACUUGUUACAUUAAUGCCAUAAACAGAGUCAGCGGAUUGCGUAAUUUUUGUCGUGUGUGUUUGAUUGUAUAUUGGGUUUGCUGGACUAAUAUAAGUAAUUUAUAACCUUAAUUUUUUUUUUAAAUUCUAACAAUAAUACACAUAGAUGAAUUAGUCUUUUGCUUCAGUGUUACUGUUUGUAUGAUUUUUUUAUCGACUUAAUUAUUGAGCGUAUUGAACUAAUUUUUUUUUUUUAAUGUAUAUUACUCUCUAAUCUAUUAAUAUUAUCUUACGACCAUUGUCACAAUUAUAUUGAGUGGACUAAUGGAGUGAUUAAAUAGUCAGACAAGAGUUCGUGGGACCUAUAGAGGAAGCAAAUAUUUCUGAACACGUUGCCACGCGUUCAUCACGUUCUUGCCCAAAUUUAAGGCGUAGAGAAAGUUUAUUUUUUGUAACUAAAAAAUUAUGGUCAAUCUAUUUUGUUAAAACUGAAGAUUAAUUUAGAGAUACCUUUUUUGCCAUAUAUAUUAAUAGGAGGCAAAGGAUUAAGUUUUAAAUACGUUUAUAUUGUUGUGAGAUACACACACACGAUACACUACAUAUGAGAAAGAACGGCAUGUCCAGAUUGUAACACAACCUUUGAAUCAACUUUUAGAUUAGUACACUCUCUCUGUAGCUCUCAUUGUGCUUUAUAAUUUAUUUUAUUGUACCAAUUACACCCGUUUGCUAAAAGUUAACUUUCUGAGUGAUGAACUAGUUUAAAUCGUAAUUCGUAAGAAAGUAAAGGUAUACUUAUGUAAGGAACGUUUAUUAUAAAAAUAUAUAGAAAUGGUUCGUUCGCCACUUGUAUACAGAUACUGAUAGUAAUAUAGUCCAUAUUGCAUUGUUUUUAUUCAACAAUUUCCAUAUGCGCAUAGAUAUUGUUAAAUUGGAAUAUCCACAUUUAAAAAUUAUUAGAUAUAUUUAAUUUCUGCUGAAGAUUAUAUAUAUAUAUAAGAAAUCAAAAAUUAUUCAUUCUAAAUUUGUUGGACAAGAUGCAUUUUAGUGGUAAUUUAUAAACGAACCUAAGUGUAAUUUUUGUGAUAAUAAAAUAUGUAAGAUAAUAUAACUAAUCAAUAAAGUAUUAAUCAAUUCA